AUGUUUCGAGUGUGGAAGUUCCGAACUCACAGAGAAAUCCCACAUCAGAUCCGUGCUCAUCUCGCACUGGCUGGAUGUCCUUUAAUUGGCGAUGCAAAGUACGGAAACUCUUCACCGCGACCUCCACGAUUGUCGCAUCAUGUUCUGGGAGCACUCAAUGUGACAGAUUCGCAGUCUCGCAAGAUUCCGAUGUAUCUUCACUUGAAAGAGGUUAAUCUACCAGCCGCGCCUCGAUCAAAUACUCCAAUUCGAAUAUAUGCUCCUCUGCCAGCACAUUUCAAAUGGAUGAUAAGAAAACUGAAGUUGAUCAAGCGGUAA